GUCUCACAGCCCAGCAAACCCGUCCUGAUCCGAAUUAACCCUUUCGCCGCUGUUGGUCCUCCUGCGGGGAGCUGGCUGGCUGCUGCUCAGGUAAAUCCUUGAACACAGACCAACCAUGGACUUCAGAGAGAGGGCAGAAAGCAAGGAUGUCUCAAGAAACUGGAACUGAUUUGGUCAGCACCUGCUGCAGAUAAAAGCCGCAUCAAGGACUGAAUGAAGCAUUUAAAAAACAAAACCCACUCAGAUUCCACGUCUGGGCAAAAGUCACAAUCCGAUUGUAUUGGGAAGGGUUUUCUCCAAUCACAUCCUGUCGGCAAACCACGCUUGCGGUGUAAUCCAGUGAGCUGUUUCAAAACUGUGAUUAAGAAGGGCUCUGCCGACACUGCCCGACCCACUGUGGGUGUGUUAGUUUAUCACUGGCUCCAGAUGGAGACUCAGGUCUGCAUGUCACAGCUUUUGGAGAUGCAAAAGAUGGAGAACGGGUCGUGUCCUGCUGAGAAGAGAGAGCCAGAUCCACUCCUGGGUUCCCAGGAAACCCAAGUGCAACAAAAUGGGGACACUCCCGUCACCAUCUCUCCAAAGGAUGGAGAGAGCAGCAAAGUUGACCCUGCAGGUUUGCUGUCUGGGUUCAAAUCAUGGGUACGUCACCGGGCAGUUCCGAGUGUGGUUCUCAAUUUCAUGCUGAUCAUCAUCCUCAUCCUCAUCCUCAUCAUCGUCCUCAUCUCCAUGUCAGCAAGGAAACCUGAGCCGUGUCCAGCUGGUGCUGCCUGCCCAGUGGCUGCCUGCCCAGACGGCUGGGUCGGGCACCUGGGGAAGUGUUACUAUUUCUCACAGGCUGAAGGGAACUGGACCCACAGCCAGAGCCACUGCUCUGCCCUCGGUGCCUCCCUGGCAGCGAUUGACACCCAGCAGGAAAUGGAGUUCAUGAAGCGCUGUAAAGGACUUGAGGACCACUGGAUCGGCCUCCGGAAGAGCCCUGGCCAGCGCUGGAAAUGGUCCAACGGCACCGAAUUCAACAACUGGUGGGUCUCUUUUCCCUUCAUUCACUCUGUAAGUGUUGGGCCGCUGUGA